CUUGUACAGUAUGUUAUGUGAGCUGGUAUAUUUCACGUUGCCUUCCGUGCUACUUACAACAAAAAUGGCUGAAGAAUGUAUUACUAUGAUUACUAAGAUAAGGAAGUUGCAGUUUUAAGUACACAAUACCAGAUUUCUGUCUCGAGUUUCUGCUGUCUGAUGGCUUUUCUGAAUACAGUGGCCAUCAAAGUGAGUGAUGCGGCUGUCUGUACGACGGGGAUUCACACUGCUGUUGUGUCUGUUUGGAGUGUAUGCCACUGUGAAAGCUUUGUACCAUAUGCUUAUGUGCCAGCAUGGAUAUGCUCGUAGCCUUAGAGUAUCAGUACUAGUUAAGGGCAGCAAUCAGACCCUAUACCACUAUAGCCAGGACUCGCCAAUGGUGUUUGUUGGAGGAGUGCCUCGCUCAGGGACUACGCUAAUGCGUGCCAUGCUUGAUGCCCAUCCGGAUAUCCGCUGUGGAGAGGAGACUCGGGUGAUCCCCCGGAUUUUGGCUCUGCGCCAUGGCUGGAGAAGGUCAACAGAAGAGGGCUGGGCCCUGAAUGAAGAGCAGAUCACUCAGGAGAUACUGGACUCAGCUACAGCUGGCUUCCUGCUCGAAAUCAUAGCUCGUCAUGGUGAGCCUGCACCGCUGCUCUGCAAUAAGGACCCGUUUACACUGAAGAGCUCAAUCUACCUCUCUAGAUUAUUUCCCAACUCAAAGUUUGUUCUCAUGGUACGUGAUGGCCGGGCCUCAGUGCAUUCUAUGAUCUCGAGACAAGUUACAAUAGCUGGUUUUGACCUUUCCAGCUACAGGGACUGCCUUAGCAAGUGGAGCCAAGCAAUAGAGGUUAUGUUAUUUCAGUGUACCCUGGUAGGUUCUUCACGCUGUUUGACCAUUCGCUAUGAAAAUUUGGUCCUGCAGCCACGAGCCACAAUGAUGAGAGUGCUGGAGUUCUUGAAUGUACCGUGGCAUGAGGGGGUACUUCACCAUGAGAAAGCUAUUGGACAGCCUGGAGGAGUUUCUUUAUCUCGAAUCGAGCGCUCCACUGACCAGGUCAUCAAACCAGUCAACUUAGAGGCGCUCAGUCGCUGGGUUGGCCACAUUCCAGCUGAUGUUCUAAAGGAUAUGGACAAUAUUGCUCCAAUGCUUUACAAGCUGGGAUAUGACCCUGCUGCCAAUCCCCCAGACUAUGGCCAACCAGAUCCUGAAGUCAUUCUUAAUACAGAAAAGGUGCUCAAGGGUGAUUUUAAGACUCCAGCAAAUUUGAAAAGACCGACAAAAGAAAGUAUGACAUAAAACUCUAUGUUUAUAUCUGGUCCCUCUGUAUAUUUUAUAAGAUGUGCACAAGGGUCACACCUGCUGACGGUUUUUGUGAAAAAACCCACAUGGAUGCUAUGAGAUUUUGCAAAACUCCACACAUACAGUAAAAUGAGUUCAGGGUCAAACCAGGACUUGAAGUUUGUAGUUUAAUUUAUGCAUUUUGCAUUUUGACAAAUGAAGGGAAAAAAUAUGUUUGAAUUAAUAAAUAUAACAAAAUUACUGUU